AUGGAUUCAGUUUGUGGCUUUCCUAUUAUAUGUCGUAGGAGAUUAAUAUCUUCAAAGGACGUCUCUCUCCCCUUCCAAUCUCCGUCCUUAUUCUGCUACUUCUCUUCUAAUCUUCACCCCCACUUCCUUCCCUUCUACUCCACUCCCUCGCUUCUUACAUUUGUGGAUUGGAGGCCUCAACCUUGUCGGCGUCUCUACCGUCACCUCCACAAUCCCUACCCUUCCUUGAGGAUUGUUGGAGCGAGAACGCCACCUUCACCAUCAGAGAAGCCAGGAGCGACCAUUACCUCGAGCACUUGUUUAUAUUGUACUUCCCUAAAUGUUUAUUUAUACAGGCAUGGAUCAAACGAUCCAAAUCGCUUACGCACGACUCUGCUACUUCUGUCGUUCUUCAUUGCUGACUCCCUACUCCAAGCUUUGGAUCAAAGAAAGUUGAGCAAGUUGCAUCUCUUCGCGCUGGACUCGGAGGCUAGAGCAUUGUUAGAGAGGCUUGAGUAUCAAAAAGGAAACAUAGAAGCUGUUCUUCAUGUGUUUGAGGGAACAGACAUUGCUGCUGUUAUUCUCAAGAUGAAACUCUCAAUUGCUCGAAGAGUUGAAAAAUUCAAAUGUCAUUCAAACAAUGAUGCUACCCUUCUCAUGUCUAUGCAUGCUGUCAGUUUGCUUUCUAAAGGAAUCGUUCUGAAAUCAAAAUCAUUGCAAGUCCUUGGAAAAUUAGAGGUGUGGAAGCUGGGAAAAAGGCUGCUGGAGAAGUGUUAGCACUUCAGAAGAGGUUUUUGACUGUACUAAAUGAGGCUAGCUGCAAUGAAUCUAUUGGAUCAUUAACACAUGGAGAGAGAGCAGAUCGUUGCCAUGCUUAUGAACAAACUGAAAUAAUUUACAAGAUUAAUGCACACAUGGCAGAAAAUGAUAGAGCACUCAUUACUGAAGGCAGUUGUGGUUCCCAAUGAAGCAUCAAAGUUUUCCUUGAGGAAUGUAAUGUUGACAUGAUAUAUGAGAUUAUGAGAUAUGAUUAAUCUCUUUAAAAGAAACUAUUUUUCAUGGCUUGUCCUUAAGGUCAAAGGAAAAGCUCCAAUCAAUGGGUUUAGGUUUGUAUUAACCCAAAAUCAUGAAGUGUUGGGGUUUCUAAUUGCAUAGUGGUUGAUGUUUCUGUUUAGUGCUCUAUUCAUAAAAUGGGAAUGGUUUCAAUCUGUACUGAAAAAACACCUCAAGUUGUUUUGGGUGCUAGCAGAGAAUUGAGUUUUUAGUUGUCAUUUAUGUAAUUUUAAUCUUUGAAUUGACUUGCAUUGUUUUAUUUAAAGUUUAACUUACUGUCUCUGUUAACA